UCGCCGCCAUUGCUAAAGAUUUCUAGGGUUCUUGAGCAAAAUAUUUUAGGGAUCUUGGAUGGAUCCGGGGUAUGGCGACUCGCUGCUCAUCCUCGCCAUCGCCUUCGCCUCCGCGUGUAUCUGCGAGGGGAUCUCCUGGCUCCUGAUCUACCGCUCCUCCUCCUACAAGGCGCUGCGCUACACCAUAGAUCGCACCAGCAAGAAGCUGGAGACGAUGAAGAGCGGCGGGGGAGGCGCCAAGAAAUCCUCGCGCACCAAGAAGAUGGAUCGAUUCGAGUCGAGCCUCAAGGAAUCGAGCAGGGAUCUCUCCUUUUUCAAGUUCAAAUCCGGCGCCGUCGUGGCGCUCGUCUUGCUCGUCGUGUUUGGCCUCCUCUCGUCGCUCUUCGAGGGCAAGCCCGUGGCGAAGCUCCCAUUCGCGCCGUCGCCAUUCAUCCAGAAGAUGACGCACAGGGGCCUGCCCGGCGACGAUCCCACCGAUUGCUCCAUGGUCUUCUUCUACUUCCUCUGCUCGGUAAGCAUCCGAUCCAAUCUCCAGAAGCUGCUAGGGUUCGCUCCCCCGCGCGGCGCCGCUGCCAAUGCCGGGAUGAUGUUCGCUGCUCCCGAUCCGAAGGCGCGGUAGUAAUGGAUCGAUCGAUCGCUCUUGUGUUCUUGAUUAAUCCUCUAGUUCUUCCUCGAUUCAAUGUGUUCUUCCAUGGAGGACUCUCUCGAAAAUUCCUAGAAGAGGAAUCCUAGUGUGCUAUGCCACGUGGUGUGUGUUUAGAGGCCACGAUUGUAAUAAAGCACCGCGCCGUCUCUGUUC